CUCCUUCCUGUGUAGAAGGUUUGUUCUCAUCUUCCAGUCUCUUCUCCCCUUCUCACUCACAUCCAUCCUUCUACAUUAGCCAGCUUGACGCUUCGUCUUUGCCGUCACCGUCCGUAGCAAGCUUCCAUCAAUACCUGAGUCGACCCUCACCUCCUGUCCAAUAUGAACGGUGAAAACAAAACUGGCGCCUCGCGCUAUGAUCCCAACUUCACCCAAAAUGUCAUCAAUGCCAUGGGCCCCAAGACUUCUCCUCGAAUGCGCGAAGUCAUGACCAGCUUGAUCAAACACCUUCACGACUUUGCCCGAGAAAUUGACUUGACCGUGGACGAGUGGGCCGAGGGUGUUCAGUUGCUCAAUUGGGCUGGCCAGAUGAGCAACGACAGAAGAAACGAAGGUCAACUGGUGUGCGAUGUUGUCGGUUUGGAAACACUUGUGGAUGAAAUCACAUACAAGAAAGCUGCCGAAGCUGCCGACCUGGCCACUCAGAGCGCCAUUCUCGGUCCCUUCUUCCAGACCGACCAUACGAUCCGAAAGAAGGGCGACAGCAUCUCCGCCAACACUCCGGAGGAUGCCGAAGUUGUGUAUUUGUAUGGUCAGGUUACGGAUGCCACGACCAAGAAACCGUUGGCCAAUGCUUCAGUUGAUGUUUGGCAAGCAUCCACAAAUGGAUUGUACGAACAACAGGACGAGAAACAACCCAAGUCGAACCUCUGCGGCAAGUUCUACACGGAUGAGAAUGGAGAGUACGGCUUCUAUUGCCUGAGGCCGACUCCUUACCCGAUCCCAUACGACGGGCCAGCGGGCAAAUUGCUGCAACUGCUCGACAGACAUCCUUACCGACCAGCCCACAUCCAUUUUAUUGUAUUGGCCGAGGGUUUCAAGCCCAUCACGACCCAGAUUUUCGACAAGGACAGCAAGUAUCUCGAUGACGAUUCGGUCUUUGCGGUCAAGGACUCUCUGAUCGUCGAAUUUGUGCCCCGGAAAAGUGACGAGAAGGCCAAAAAGGAACUGAGAUAUGACAUUAAGAUGGCUCCGCUAUCCUCCAAAGGAGAGUCUGGCGAGGCGCUGGUGACGACCGGCAUGGGUCGCGGCUUUUGAGGAUCACAACGUGGCUACUGAUCACGUUGGUGUAUGUUGGACAAACUUUUGUACGGGGUAUAAAUGAAGAGGUUUCUAUUCCAAUCCAAAUGCAAUCUGUGCAUUGA